CGGAGCUGCCGGCGGCGGCCCGGGCGGGCGGGCAGCGCGAGUGGGUGCGAGCGGCGCGUCCGCCUCCGCCGCCGCGGCCGUCGCCUCCUCCUCCUCCUCCUCCUCCUCCUCCUCCUCCUCUCCUCCUCCUCCUCCUCUCCUCCUCCUCUCCUCUCCUCCGCCUCCUCCGCUGCGCCUCCUCCGCUGCGCCUCCUCCGCCCGGGCCGUGCGCCGCCGCGCGGGGCGAGCGAGGCGGGGCCGCCGGGGCCGCCAUGGAGCCCGACUCGGUGAUCGAGGACAAGACGAUCGAGCUCAUGUUCCCGAAGUGCAUGUGUGGGAUUUGGUUGAAGAAGGCUGGCUACAGUAAUCGGAAAGCUCCGGGGACGCUGCUUGCCUGCGCUCUUUUCUCAGACUAGUCUGAAAGGGAAUGCCUCACUCAGGCGGGAUUGGUGCCUCCGAAGGGCAGGAUAUUCUCCAGUGUUCUGUGCCCAGGUCAUUGUGGCUAGGCUGCGCCACCCUGGCAGAGAGCAUGUGCACGCUGAGUUGCCUGCGCAGCCUGCCCAAUGCCAGCUGUCUCCAGAUAAGUAACGGGACGUCGUCUGUGAUCGUCUCCCGGAAGCGGCCCUCGGAAGGCAACUACCAGAAGGAGAAAGACUUGUGUAUUAAGUACUUCGACCAGUGGUCUGAGUCGGAUCAAGUGGAGUUUGUGGAGCACCUCAUUUCACGGAUGUGUCAUUACCAGCAUGGACAUAUUAACUCUUACCUGAAGCCCAUGUUACAGCGGGACUUCAUUACCGCCUUACCAGAGCAAGGCUUAGAUCACAUAGCAGAAAACAUUCUCUCCUACCUGGACGCCAGGUCGCUGUGUGCCGCGGAGCUGGUGUGCAAGGAAUGGCAGCGGGUCAUCUCGGAGGGCAUGCUGUGGAAGAAGCUCAUCGAGAGGAUGGUGCGCACCGACCCGCUCUGGAAGGGGCUGUCGGAGCGCAGGGGCUGGGAUCAGUACCUGUUUAAAAACAGGCCCACGGACGGCCCUCCCAACUCGUUUUACAGGUCACUGUACCCAAAGAUCAUCCAGGAUAUAGAGACUAUAGAAUCCAACUGGCGGUGCGGCCGGCACAACCUGCAGCGGAUCCAGUGCCGCUCGGAGAACAGCAAGGGCGUCUACUGCCUGCAGUAUGACGACGAGAAGAUCAUCAGCGGGCUCCGGGACAACUCCAUCAAGAUCUGGGAUAAGACCAGCCUGGAGUGUCUGAAGGUGCUCACGGGCCACACAGGCUCCGUCCUAUGUCUCCAGUACGACGAGCGGGUCAUCGUGACGGGCUCCUCGGACUCCACAGUGAGGGUGUGGGACGUGCACACGGGCGAGGUGCUCAACACGCUCAUCCACCACAACGAGGCCGUCCUGCACCUGCGCUUCAGCAAUGGGCUGAUGGUCACCUGCUCCAAGGACCGCUCCAUCGCCGUCUGGGACAUGGCCUCGGCCACCGACAUCACCCUGCGCCGCGUCCUGGUGGGCCACCGCGCGGCCGUCAACGUGGUGGACUUCGACGACAAGUACAUCGUGUCCGCCUCCGGCGACAGGACCAUCAAAGUCUGGAGCACGAGCACCUGUGAGUUCGUGCGGACUCUGAACGGGCACAAGCGGGGCAUCGCCUGUCUGCAGUACCGGGACCGGCUGGUGGUCAGCGGCUCCUCGGACAACACCAUCAGGCUGUGGGACAUCGAGUGCGGCGCCUGCCUGCGCGUCCUGGAGGGCCACGAGGAGCUGGUGCGCUGCAUCCGCUUCGAUAACAAGAGGAUCGUCAGCGGGGCCUACGACGGGAAGAUCAAAGUCUGGGAUUUGCAGGCCGCCCUGGACCCCCGCGCCCCCGCGAGCACGCUGUGUCUGCGCACGUUGGUGGAGCACUCAGGACGCGUGUUCCGGCUCCAGUUCGACGAGUUUCAGAUCAUCAGCAGCUCCCACGACGACACGAUUCUGAUCUGGGACUUCCUGAACGUGCCGCCCAGCGCCCAGAGCGAGACCCGCUCCCCUUCCAGAACCUACACAUACAUCUCCAGAUAACAGUCUGCGCUUGACGAGUCAGGGCUUCCUCGUCUUGGACUACUGGCUCCGUGGCUACAGACGCCUGCGGAAGUUCUUCACCGCUGAGUUAUGAAGCUGGAAUUGGUUCUAGACGCUGGGUAGAUGCAAAGCAGCCUAACUAACUCUUCAAGCUCCGACAUUUCUCACCUCCGGUCCCGGCCUCUGCCGGGGGAAGGCCGCGCUCCCUUCCCGGACUUCAAGCCCACCCGAAGCCCCUCGCCCCCCGCCCUCCGUGAUACAGCCUCUCCCGCUCCGAGUGCAGACUGUCCUUCCCGAGGAGCACGCGGGAGCACUGGCGCCGAGAGGCGUCGCUUUGCACGCGGCGGCAUCGAGCAGCAGCGUUCCUCGGUGAGCGUUUGGGUGCCAAACACCUACCCAGGACGUCGGCGUCCGCGCAGAAGCUAGUACCCCUCUUCUGAUGGGCACGUGCUGGUGGAUUCUGGCUUGUAUUAGGAACUCGUUGGACAAUGGAAACAUUUCUCUGGGUUGUUCGAGUACUAUUUUUUGUUUGUUUGUUUUGGAUUACACUUCCUUUCUGUAUCGGCUUCUUUUAAUUUAAAGAACUAUAAGGUUAUAUUAUCUCACAGCAGGUAAUAUAGCUUUUCUCCCCCCCUUUUAUUAACUGUUCUCUCUGUACAUCCCCCACCCACCUGAUACUUGGUAGAGUAACGCCUUUACCUGCGUGCUUGCCUCCUAAUUUAAGAUACUGUAUCCGCAUGUAGAUAUAAUGUACAUAACAGUUGAACCUCAAGGCGGCUGGCGUCCGGCCCGGGCACAGCCCCUGACCCAGCGUGCUCGCACUUCGCUGUGGGCCGGGCUCAGAGACCUGAUGCGGGCAGGCGUGGCUUGCCCCGGGCCCUCCUGCAGUCAGUAUUCACGGUGUUCUUGGCUUGUCGUCAUUGUGUGUCUGCGCGUGCGUGUCUCCCAGGAACCCUGUUUCAGAGUCGUCAUUUCUAAAGUUCCACAUGAACCGUCUUACCUGUUGUGCGAGUCUGUACAGUAGAGCGAGGGUACCUUCACGCUUGCUUCCGGUGGUGGAACGUGGGGGGAGAGAGUCGUGACUGUUACUUCCCUUCCCCCGAGCGUAGCGAUCACGGCCAUAGUGUUCAUUUGCUUUCGGUGUCAAAGGUCAUUGCCCCGUGUCUGUCCCCCAGGAAGGGAGUCGGAUAGGUCCCGGGAUUGGGGUUUCCUGGCUUGGCGUUCAUGCGGCCUGGUGUGGGCGGGGCUCCCAGCAGCCCCGGAGCCCACGCGCCAGGCUAUCCCCCCGCCACCCAUGGGGACCACUGCUGGUGUCCCGAUGCCUGGCUGCAGUCAGCCGACCACACGUGCCACGGACUCAGGCCUCCCGUUGGCACUGCUGUCCCAGGUCAGUAGUGGGUUUCGACUUGCCCCCUUGCCUGUUUCCAAAGAUCAAGGAAUGUCCGUGCUGUCUGAAAGGACCAAUAAGAAUCUCCUCUCAACUCACCCUCUCCGGGCGGUGCCGGCCCCUGGUUUGUCCUUGGCAUUGAGAACGGUGCGGGGAUCAACUCGUGUGCGUGUGUGCGUGUGCGUGUGCCGGUGUGUGUGUGUGUGUAAGCGUCACUGUUUUUUUCCUUGUUUUUACUACAGUUCCCCCUCCCCCAGUUACUAUUAGUUUCUGUUUUGGUGGAGAAGUGGAGUUCAGAUGCACGUCCCUCCUGCCCCACACCCAAGCCCAAGGGGGGGUGUUCGAAAGUGACUUGCCUUUUUGCCGCAUCUUCCGUUUUCAUUUCAAAGAACUUGGGCGCGGAGGGGACACGGUGGAGGGGUGGCUCUCCUGCCCAGAUGGACCUUGGUGUUGUUUUUGCAUGUUGGUGAUAGAAGUUCUUCCUGCUUGGGAGAUCAUGGUCUGUGAACGCACACACGGCGUCUGAAUCGUGCCUACUAAAUUAUAAGCAGGGGGUGUUGGCACCCAAGGAAUUCUGACUUCCUGGGAUUCUCAAGCUGUCAUUCCCAGGCGUAGUCUGGACUUUAUUUGCUGCCCAUCACUGAGCAACUGUAAAUUCAUGCUAUAUUAAUGUUUUAAAAGCACUGGGAUAGUCUGAUUCUAACUUGUAAUUAUGUUCGCCAAUUAUCUGUUUGAAAUAAAUGUGUCAGAAGAGCUCACUGAAACUGUUGAAUUGUACAGAUAUUACUCAUGACGGCUUUGUACUGUGGAAUGUGCUCGAUAAAAAAACAAAAAAAAAACAAAAAAAAACAAAAAGUUUGACCUGUGUCCAAUACAUUGCUAAGUAAUGUCAAUCAAUCAAGUUAUGAGUAUUAUGCAGUACACCCGACGUGGCUUCAUGCAGUUGUUACUUCAGAUACUAAUUCAAAGCCAAUACUCUUAAUAAAGUGUUGCAAUACUCGGA